AUGCUGUCUACCCAGGCGAACCACAUAAUCCAUGACAACCUCCUGGCCAAGGGCAGCAUCCUCAAGGGCAAAAACAUCCUUGUGCUGCUGGAUCUCGAGGUCAUCGAAUCUCUGGGUGUUCUCGAGAAGCUCGGCGAGCCCGCGAGCGUCGAGGCCAGGGGAGAGCCGGCCACCAGCACCACCAUCGGAGGCACGGGCUUCUACGGCGCCAAGCCUGAGCCCGAGAUGGAGCCCGAGGUCAAGCCCCAAAUACGCAACCAGAUCCCGUCACGAGGAAUGGGCGGCGAGGCUGGCAGCGGAGGAGGAGGAGGUGGUGGUGGUGGCGGCCGCAGCGGCCCGGCUAGCAACCCAAACGCUGUCGUCUAUCCCAUAGAGUCGAUCUCCCCCUACCAGCACAAGUGGGCGAUCAAGGCCCGCGUUACGAGCAAGUCGGACAUCAGGACGUGGCACAAGCCGAGCGAAAAGGGCAAGCUGUUCAGCGUCAACCUGCUGGACGAGACGGGCGAGAUCAAGGCGACCGGGUUCAACAACGAGUGCGACAAGUUCUACGAGCUGCUGCAGGAGAACCAGGUGUACUACAUCUCGAGCCCGUGCCGGGUCCAGAUGGCCAAGAAGCAGUUCACAAACCUGCCAAACGACUACGAGCUGACUGAAGCGCACGUCUGCAGGCCCCGGUGCCACGCACUGAUCUAG